AUGUAUCUGUGCCCGCGUGCGUUGGUAGUAUUCGGUGAAGGAAUACUAAUGCAAAAGUUGGACAUGUUAGUGGUUGUGAUGAAGACAAAAAUGAUUCUGGUUACUGACACUGGUUGCGAUAAUAGUGAUGACGGUAAUGUUAUUGAUGUUGCUGCUCCCGUUGCUGCCGCUGUUGGUGAUGGUGAUGGUGAUGAUGAUGAUGAUGAUGAUGAUGAUGAUGAUGAUGCUGAUGAUGAUGAUGAUGAUGAUGAUGAUGAUGAUGAUAUGAUGAUGAUGAUGAUGACGAUGACGAUAGUUGUGCUAGUGCCGGUAUUAUUGAACGUUACAAAUGGAUUAGCAAAUAGCAGCGGUUUCUUAAAACAGCAUUUUUUCUGCUCGCAUUGCAGUAAUAUUUAUGAAGGGAAAGGGAUUCUGUUUUAA